UACAACGCCUCCAAAGUAGCCCUCCUCAUCGAAAACCGCCCCAGUGCUGUUCUUGCACCCAUCCUGCUACACUUUAUAUCCGUCGUACCGCCAGAUUGGCAGUUCCGCUUCAUGGGCUCUCCCCUAUCGGUGGCGUCAGUCAACCGUUCUGUCGCCAUUCAGAACCAGGUUGCCUCUGGUAAACUUGAUCUCACAUACAUCCCCACAAACAUGAGCACAAACGGACAAGAGGAAAUCAGCCAGUUCCUCACCACGCUGUGGCUGUACGAGGUCGUGCUUCAACCGGCAGAGUGGCUGCUGGUUUUCCAAACAGACUCCAUGCUCUGCGCGAAUAGCAGACUGAAUCUCAACGACUUCUUGGAGUACGAUUGGGUUGGCGCGCCGUGGAACCCCGGAGGGCAAUGGGGCGGCAAUGGAGGAUUGUCGCUGAGGCGUGUGAGCCGCAUCAUCGACAUCCUGCGCAACCAGCGACGCGCCAACGGCUCGGAGCCCGAGGAUGUUUGGCUAUCCGAACGUCUUGCCCACCAUCCCAACGGCAAAGUGGCCAAUGGAUCCGUGUCACUGACAUUUUCUGGCGAAAUGCACGGCGGACAGUUAGAGCAGACUGUAAAUGGCUCAAGCAGCUCCAACGUUGAGCAUGUCGGCGACAAUGAGUAUAUGCAAGGGGUAGAUGACUGGAGAAUAGGAUACUACGAGCCAAUGGGAUACCACAUUGGUGGCAGCGGUUCUUUUCUCCAUAGCCCUGUUUGGGGAUCGCCAGAGCUGAGGCAGCACACGUGGAAAUACUGUCCAGAGGUCAAGAUGGCAUUGGCGAUGGAUAUAGCCAAGUAUAUCCCUGGCAAUUGCGGCGCGACGUGG